UCCCGUUCGCUGAGGAGAGAGAGGAGGUGCAUGAUGGAUCCCGUCCCACUGCUGCUCAUCAUCGUCACAUCUCUGCCAGUUUGCUCGGCAGUCUACUCUGGGCCCCUGCAGCCCGAGAUCUCCAAUGGCACUUUCCACCAUUUCUUCGUCCCGGAUGGAGAUUACGAGGAAACAGAAGAUCCCGAGAAGUGCCAAAUGCUGUUUAAAUUUUCAGACUUGUAUCCAUGUGGGGCCUUAGAGGACAGUGACUCUGUGGUGCGGGAGGACUUCGUUCUCACAAAGCUGCACGCAGAGGACGCGGCGAGGCUGCUCGAGAGCAUCGGCCGGACUGUGGCCCAGGAUCUGGACGGAGAGGACAGCUACGGGAAGUUCCUCCGGCGGGAGCUCUCCCAGAUCAGCGAGGCAUUUUCAAACGUGGACAAGUCUCUGGUGGAGCUGGAGGGGAAGUUUAAACAAAGUCAAGAAAGCGAGCUGAGAGAAGAGCAACAGCUGAACGGGCAUGUGGUGAAACAAGUGAGUGACAUUAGGGACGCUCAGAGGGAAACCACCGACAUCUCGCUGGGCCUGAAAGAUAAACAUGAGCUGCUGUCUCUCAUCAUUCGCAGUCAUGGUACCAGACUGAGCCGCCUAAAGACUGAAUAUCUUAAUGCUGGAUCUUAGUGGGGCUAUGGCUGCUUAAUCGGUGUGUGUGUGUGUGUGUGUGUGUGUGUGUGUGUGUGUGUGUGUGUGUGUGUGUGUGUGUGUGUGUGUGUGUGUGUGUGUGUGUGUGUGUGUGUGUGUGUGUGUGAGAGAGAGAGAGAGACAGAGAGAGAGGGGACCCUCCAGUUCAUUAAACAACUGGAAAGUUUAUUGUGGCUUAUGAAUAUCCUUCUUAAGUAUUUGAACUUCUCUGACCUUUGGUUGUUCCCAUUCCUUGGAGCUGUGUCACUGAAGGGAGCUCUAACAAAAAUAUCAGCACAUUCCUCUGAGUCAGAAUGGAACAAAGAAAAGUAGGCAUAAAUUAUGUCUGCAAGGAACCCUCUGUGCCACCUCUUAGAAGAAAUCUUAUUCAGAAGCAAGAGUAUGAAAAUAAAAACCCUCUAAAUAGAUUUAUUGUCAGUAAAUAUAUAUAACUCUGUAUGAUUUUAACUAUGCUGUUUUAUGCUAUUAGGCUGAUCUAAUCUAACUGAUCUAAUAAAUAUU